ACAACAAAAAAAAACCCGCAGGCUCUUGGUGCGUGCGUUUCUCCUUAUUAUUAUUAUUAUUAUUAUUAUUAUUUUUAAAACUGCAGAGUGCAUUUUGUCGUUGUUGAGCGAUGGAAGAUAAGCUAAAGAAAGAGUUGGGUACAGCCACGCUCAAGUCAGCCGGCCACUCUGGAGGUGGAUGCAUCAGCCAGGGCCAGAGUUACCACACCGACACCGGCAAAGUCUUCGUGAAGCUCAACCACAAGAGCCAGGCCAAGUUAAUGUUUGACGGAGAAAUGGCCAGUUUGGAGGCCAUAAUCCAAACUGGAGCGAUCAAAGUACCCAAACCUGUCAAGGUGAUCGAGUUGGACACUGGAGGCUGCGUCUUUGUUAUGGAGCAUCUGGACAUACGAGGCCUUAACAAAUAUUCCAAACAGCUCGGAGAGCAGCUGGCUCAUCUUCACCUUCACAACAAGCGACAGCUGCAGAAAGUGAGCGAAGAGCAGCAGACAAUUGGAAAAGGAGCCGGGCAGUCUGCGGCGGCUUAUGUGGACAAAUACGGCUUCUCUACCAGCACGUGCUGUGGCUAUAUACCACAGGACAACGAAUGGCAGGACGAGUGGGAGACAUUUUACAGCCGACAGAGGCUCGAGCUUCAGCUAAACAUGCUGGAGAAGUCCAACGGCGACAGAGAGGCCAGAGAGCUUUGGGCGGCACUGCAGCUGAAGAUCCCUCAGUUCUUCGGAGACGUGCAGAUGGUCCCGGCUCUCCUCCACGGGGACUUGUGGGGCGGCAACGUGGGAGAAACCGCCGAAGGCCCCGUGGUCUUCGACCCCGCUUCUUUCUACGGCCAUUCCGAGUUCGAGUUGGCAAUCGCCGGGAUGUUCGGGGGCUUCGACGGCUCCUUCUUCUCCGCCUACCACGACAAAAUUCCCAAGGCGCCCGGCUUUGCGAGAAGGAACCAGCUUUACCAACUCUUCCACUACCUGAAUCACUGGAACCACUUUGGCGGUGGCUACAGAGGCUCGUCGAUAAGUGUGAUGAAGGACCUGCUCAAGUAAUUGCACUUAGCUACCUACUAUGGAAUGCGCCAGUCUUAAAUAAUAUAAAGUGUCCAGAUUAAUGGUCUUUUGGUCAUAAAGUUUUUAUGUUCAUUACGCACAAAAUAUUAUCUGAUUAAAAAUGGCAUCAAAUCAAGCAAAUAAACAACUGCAAAUAGG